AUGCCACGAACUCACAGACAUACACGCUCUGAUAACCUAACUCCUAAUGAAAAUCUUGAACGAUUUUUAACAGGACACGUAGAAUUUUUGCGAAGGGAAAAAAGGAGAAUCGAAACUUUUUUUAGGGAAAACGGAAUAACAGGCGAAGAUUUGGAAGUAAAAUUGAGAGCCUUAGAAACAAUUAUAGAGGAAAGGGGCCAUCUCAGAGAACGGAUAAGACAGCUUCAAACCACCCAAAGGACUGCAUCUCGAUUAAUAAGAGAACUUUAUAAUGAAAAAAUGCAAUUUUUAGCUCGGAUACAAGAGUUAGAACAAGAGAAUACACAACUUUGUCGUGAUCUCGAGUAUGAACAAGCGAUUAACGGAAGAACCAUCAAUAAUCUUAGAAAUCAAGUUAACACUCUUGAGAAUCGAGAGAACAUUUUUACAGCAGUAUUAAGCAACCAAGGUCAAGUUAUUCCAAGAUUGCAUAGACAAGAAAAGCUUUCAUUUAUGCGGAGGAAGAUUUUGAACCUAGUGAUUAAAUAA